AUGAGGCACCUCUUUGCACUCAUCUUGACUCUUGUCGCGAGCGCGUCUCCACUGGCAGUGACGAGAGGUGUCCACGAGCGGAACGUGAACCUGACUUUGAAAUGGGACAUCCUACCGACCAGUAACGGCGGUGCUUCGUGGCAAUCAGUUGGUCCCGAAUUGUCGACCGAAGACGCCGAACUGCAGUUCCGUGACGUACAGGCCUUCUCGGCCGAAAAGGCAAUCGUCCUAUCUAUUGGCGAAGGAGCGGACUCGCGCAUUUACAUCACGACCAAUGGAGGAGAGUCUUGGACGCAGAGUUUCGCCAAUGAGGAGGCAUCAGCGUUUUUCAACUGCGUCGACUUUGAGGACGAUAAGAGGGGCAUUGCCGUGAGCGACCCAGUCGAUGGCAAGUUUCGAUUGAUUGAGACGCUCGAUGGGGGUAACACUUGGACUAUCGUGGACCCCAAUGGCAUGCCCUCCGUUUUAGAGGGAGAAUUCGGAUUCGCAGCCAGCGGAACUUGCCUCUCUACCACAGCGGGUCGAUGGUAUCUUGCAUCGGGUGGCAUCGAUCCUGGCAGGGUCUUCCGGAGCGCAAACGGUUAUGAGUGGGAUGUCUCGGGCAGUGCGAUAGCGGGUGGUGGCUCGGCUGGGGUGUUCUCGGUACGAUUCAGAGAUGCGCAAAACGGCAUUGCAACUGGAGGCGACUUCAACGUGGCCAAUGGUUCCCUCCAUACAUCAGCAUGGUCUGAGGAUGGCGGAGAGACAUGGACCGCGUCGGAGGUGUUUCCGGGCGGAUACCGAUCGGGCUCAUCAUGGGCCCCGGGGCUGUGUGGGGUGGCUGUCGCCGUUGGACCAUCUGGGUCCGACAUCACGCUUGAUGGUGGAAAGACUUGGGUUACAUUUGACAGAGGCUCGUUUGACGCUGUCGAGUGCGUUUACGGCCGAGUCUGUUGGGCGUCCGGGUCAGCCGGAAGGGUGGGCAAGCUUUCAUUGAGGUGA